AUGGCUCCCCUUGCCAACCAGAAGACGUUCACGCUCUCCAACGGCGUCACCAUCCCCGCCGUCGGCUUCGGCACCUUUGCCAGCGAGGGCGCGUCCGGCGAGACGUACGCGGCCGUCACGACGGCGCUCAAGACGGGCUACCGCCACCUCGACUGCGCGUGGUUCUACCAGAACGAGGAGGAGGUCGGCGACGCCGUGCGCGACUUCCUCAAGGAGAACCCCAGCGUCACCCGCAAGGACCUCUUCAUCUGCACAAAAGUAUGGAACCACCUCCACGAGCCCGACGAGGUCAAGUGGAGCUUCAACAGCAGCCUGGCCAAGCUGGGCAUGGACUACAUCGACCUCUUCCUCGUCCACUGGCCCGUUGCCGCCGAGAGCGACGCCAACCACAUGCCCAAGCUGGGCCCCGACGGCAAGUACGUCGUCAAGAAGGACCUUACCGAGAACCCCGAGCCCACGUGGCGCGCCAUGGAGGAACUCUACGAGUCGGGCAAGGCCAAGUCGAUUGGCGUGUCCAACUGGACCAUUGACGGCCUCAAGAAGCUGCUCGCCUUCGCCAAGGUCAAGCCCAUGGUCAACCAAGUCGAGGUGCACCCCUUCCUCCCCAACGCGGACCUGAUCAAGUUCUGCCAGGACCACGACAUCUUGGUCGCCGCCUACUCGCCCCUCGGCUCCCAGAACCAGGUCCCCAGCACCGGCGAAAAGGUGCGCACAAACGCAAAGCUCAACGAGGUUGCCCAGCGCAGCGGCUACGACCUCGCCCAGGUCCUGCUUGCAUGGGGCCUCCAGCGCGGCUACGUCGUCCUGCCCAAGAGCUCCACGCCCAAGCGCAUCGAGAGCAACUGGCUCAUCCCCGAGCUGAGCAAGGAAGACUUUGAGGCCGUCGACGACGUGGCCCGGGGCAGACACACGCGCUUUGUCAACAUGAAGGACACGUUUGGCUACAACGUCUGGCCGGAAGAGACGGACAGUGGUGAGCUCAAGGCGUAG